ACCGUGAAAGACCGAUUAAUUGACGUUAAAGUAUAAAAGUAAAAAACAAAUAAAACUAAAAAAACAAACAAACAAACAAAAACUAGUAAACAAACAAAUAAUGAAGCCAAACAAACUAUUAAAUAUUAAAACAUUUUACCAAAUUCCAUAAUAGUUGCUGCAGGGCCAGCAACUCGCUUUGUAAGAGUUGCUUAGGAAUUUCCGCCAGUAUUUUAUAUUAUUAUAGCAAAUGGAUUAUUAUUACGAUUGACAUAUUAAUUACCAUAAAUUAACCACAUGGAGUAAAAGAAGAAAGAAAAGGAAAACACAUCGCUCGUUGAUAGUAAUAAUAAUAUUAAUGAGUAAUAACGGUAAUUAAGUGAUCACUGCUAACUGUGGAGUUUACAAAGUUUAUAACCAAAAAUAUUUAAAGUGGAAGCAGAGAGGAGGAAAGAGAAGGAGAGAGAAAAUAUUUACUAAUUCCAAUAUGAACAUUGUAAGUUUACCGAUAACUACGUCAGAGAUUUACAGCUGGCAGCAGAAUAUGUCAUCCAGCUGGAAUCACAGCGGGGAGAGCAAUGCAAGUAAUCCAGCCACAAACAACAACAAUUCCGAUAAUGUAUCCGAGGAUUUGUCCAAUGAUGCAGAAGGUGUAUGGAGUCCGGACAUUGAACAGAGUUUCCAGGAAGCUUUGGCUAUUUACCCUCCCUGUGGUCGAAGAAAAAUUAUUUUGUCAGAUGAAGGGAAAAUGUAUGGCCGAAACGAAUUAAUAGCACGUUACAUCAAAUUGCGUACAGGUAAAACGCGUACACGGAAACAAGUAUCAAGUCAUAUACAAGUCCUAGCUCGAAGAAAAGCAAAAGAGAUCCAAGCACAGUUUAAAGUUCAAGAUCAAGCUGCCAAAGACAAAGCACUUCAAAGUAUGGCUUCAAUGUCAUCUGCACAGAUUGUCUCAGCCAGUGCCAUCCACAACAAGGCUGUCGCAUCCGGAUUGGGUGGAUUACCAUCAGGAAUGUCUCCAGUCAGGCCGACAUAUUCUGCUGCCCCCGCAGCUUUCUGGGGACCAGGAAUGCCACCCCAAACACCAGAUGUGAAACCGUUUGCCACUCCACCUUAUGGCUUAGAUACAAAACCCAACACAUCACACAAUGAAGUAAGUCCACCUUGGCAAGGUCGGUCAAUUGCUGGUCCGAAAUUACGUUUGGUUGAGUUCUCUGCUUUCUUGGAACAUCAUCGGGAGCCAGAUUCAUAUCACAAACAUUUAUUUGUACACAUAGAAUCAAAUGCCAGCUAUUCGGAUCCUUUACUGGAGGCUGUUGAUAUCAAACAAAUAUAUGAUAAAUUCCCUGAAAAGAAAGGUGGUUUAAAGGAAUUGUAUGAUAAAGGUCCUCAAGCAGCAUUUUUCUUAGUUAAAUUUUGGGCUGAUCUGAAUACAAAUGGCCAGGAUGAUGCUAGAGCAUUUUAUGGUGUUUCUAAUGAACAUGAGACAGUGGCCUUCCUAUCACUGACCCACACCUGCAGCUGCAAGAAAUGCUAAUUCUGUAUGAGUCUUUUCUUUCUAUUUUAGACGGAAUUUCCUCGAUACGAAGGUGGUAAAUGUGUGUACCGCAUCACUCGUUCACCAAUGUGUGAAUAUAUGAUCAACUUCAUCCAUAAACUGAAACAUCUACCUGAAAAAUACAUGAUGAACAGUGUUUUAGAGAACUUUACCAUAUUGCAAGUAGUAACCAACCGAGAGACUCAAGAAACUUUGGUGUGCAUUGCGUAUGUAUUUGAAGUGUCCACCAGUGAACACGGGGACCAACACCACAUAUACCGGCUGGUCAAGGAAUGAAUGUCAUGUCUCGUGUCAUCAGCACACACGCACACACACACACACACACGCGCACACACGUACACACAUGCGUGUCACAACAAUCUUCUACCGUUUGUUUCCUGGUUUGUUUAAUUUUUUUUUUUUCCAAACCAACCAUGAGGAGUUGGAGGUGAAAUACAUCAAUGCCACUUGUACACAGUUCCUGAUGGGUGCCUCAUGGGAUCAUGUGUCUCCUGUGUACACUCAACACUAAACACAACUCCAGUGCCUGUAUAAACAGUCUGCUAGCCCAGAAUAGGAAUGUAAUACUUGUCGAUCAAAGCUGUCUGUAAAAUUUGGUGGAAACUUUUCUCUUUUUUUUUUUUGUAGGAAGUUGAUUUUUUUUUAUUUAUUUCUAUAUUUUUAUCACAUUUGUCUUUUAAAAAAAUUGAUAAUUCUUGGAAAAGAACAAGAUACAAGACUAAAAUAUGAAACUGAAAUAACCAUUUAAAACAAUUUUUUAAAAAAGUCUUGUGUCGUAAUCAUUACAUCAAUGUUGUUGUUAUUACUAUUAUUUUUAUU